AUGUGCGGAGUGAAGCUCGCUAAGUGUGAUCGUUUCAGGAUGCUCGCGCUUCGUCGAUUCUGCAAGAAGGUAUCCCAGGCAUUGCCUGCAGCAGUGGCAUGGUCGCUGAUCGUGUGCUGCACCGCGUGCUUCUUCUAUCUGCUGGCUCCGGCCAUCGUUGUGCAGUUCUCGCUCUGGGGCUACCUGCUCUGCGCACUGGAUGCCGUGAUAUUUAUGCUGCUGCUCUCGAACCUCUUCAUGGCAACCACCAUGGAUCCGGGCAUUCAUCCAUUUGCGAACGAGGCCGAGCAGUUUCUGAUCGAUGAUUUCCGAUCGCCUCUGUAUAAAAAUGUGGAAAUUAAUGGCAUCACAGUUCGUAUGAAAUGGUGCACAACGUGUAAAUUUUAUCGUCCGCCAAGGGCCUCACAUUGUUCUGUUUGCAGUCGGUGCAUUGACACGUUUGACCACCACUGUCCCUGGGUUCACAACUGUGUUGGUCGGCGGAAUUAUCGCUAUUUCUUCUUAUUCCUAUUUUUCCUCAGCUUGCACAUGAUAUGUGUCUUCUCGCUAGCACUUAGCUAUACCAUUCUCAACAGGACCGAUCUGCUAACAAGGCCAAAUAUGUGUUCGAUUGUUUUGAUGGCGCUUUGUGUUUUACUGGCUGUGCCCGUUAUUGGUUUAACUGGUUUCCAUGUUGUUUUGGUCGUUCGUGGUCGCACAACCAACGAACAGGUAACGGGAAAGUUUCGCUCGGGAUACAAUCCAUUUACCGUUGGUUGUUGGGGCAAUGUACGGCAUACCUUAUGUUCAAGCCAAUUUCCUGCCUUUGAGGCGGUUGUAGCAAAAAAGAAGAAGCAACAGCAGCGGGUGGAAAAUGAACGAAUUGAAAAAGGUGGUGUUCCUACAGUUGUAUAUAUUCCCGAUGGUAAUUCUGUCUCGAGAGGAGAUGGGCACAUCAGGAUGCGACAGGUGGCUGACGACGAGCAGUCAGUAGGUACAGCGCUUUCAUUAACUCAGUCGGUUCACAAAGAAGCUAUGCGUGAAGGUUCCACUUGUAAUUUGCUCGAGGAUCAGGAUGAUAAAAGCGCAUGCCGGCAAAGCGCCCUCUACCACGUAAGUUUUGCUUGGAAGAAACAAUCUUGUUCAUGCGUUUUAUCCUGUGCAACAACAGCACGAAACGCAUAUUGUCCUCUUUGUCCGUUUGUGUUUGUGCGCAUAUAUAUGUACAUGUAUAUAUGUAUAUAUAUAUGUAUAUAUAUAUAUGUAUACUAUGUAUAA